GCGGGGGUUCAGUGCAGCCAGCCGACUGGCCGAGGGAAGACGUCUGAGUGUCAGUGAGGAGACCUGCUCGAUUCGGCGACAUGUCCUACUACCCUGAUCUGUCCGCGUACUACGCGGCGGCGGCGGCUAACCCGUUCACGGCCGCGGCGGCAGUGCGGCUGGCGGCCGCCUCACCGCCCAUGAAGCGCGCCCGGGUGAUGGUGCCGCCUCAGGGAGCUGCGAUUCCCACCCAGAGAACAGUCAUUGCCAAGUCGCCCUCCACACCGCCGGCCAGGAAGCCGCAGGGCAAUGUAUGCCUGGACGAGCUGAAAACUUACUGCACCGGUCCCGACAUUCUGAUCUGCGGAAACUGCCGAGAAAUGUUCCGCUCGCUCUCCGACCUGCUUCACCAUAAGCGGGACUACUGCAAGCUCCGGUUCGCCUGCAAGUGCAGCCACGAGACCCAUCAGACGCCCACCGGUCUCUGUUCCGUUGCAGCGGCGCCGGACGAGGCCAGCUCGGCUCUGCUCUGUGGACUCUGCACCGAACCGUUCCUGACCGCUUGGCUGCUGCUGGAACACUUCCAGACCACGCACUCGGUGGAGAUCUACAAACUCGGAAACGAUGAGGACUCAAACACAGGUGAACAUCAGUGCCGGACCAACGGCAAUACCACGGAUGAUUCAGAGCAGGACAGCCGAGACACAGAUGCCGGAAACGGUAACCAUCAGAAGGACGGCGAAACGGAUGGUGAGACCAACAGCACGGCAGGCAGCUGAUGAACCAUCGACACCACAAGGCGGUGCAGGCCGGCAGCGGUGUGCGAGUGGCGGGAUGACAUCAAUGACGGGGGGAAUCUAUGAUAUAUCUUAAUUUUGAGUCGACAAGCAAGUGACUUUCUCUGGCUGAAUAGAACAGAAAUAGCACUUUUUCACAUUUUGCGAGCGAAAAUUGCAGCUGAAAGAUAUGUGCAGAACGAUUCAGUGUUGUGAGAUGUGCGAUUGACUGAGCGUUCAAGCAGAGUGAUGGAAUUUCCGUAAAAAAUUGUGACGGGUGCUGAUCGUAUGUGAAGCGUGCUCUUUUUUGUGCAAUGGACGUGUGGCGGGGUCGUUGGGUAGGUACCUCUGAAGAGUCUGAAAUGGCAUUUUUCUUUGAAAAUUGAUCACGCAUGUUUAUUUUUGUCGAUCUUUGAGGAAUUCGGUAUGGGAGCCAUGAAACCUAAGUUUCGUUACUUUAUUAACUGUUUGUGCUUCAUCCCAUGCCAAUUAUUUGGAAGAUACUUCAUAGCGGCAUUAUUUGCUAGUUCUUCGAUUCUUACCAGACUUUCAGGGCAGCUGUAUAGUGUACGAAUAGUUUUUUUUCAAAUAUGCGCAAAAUACUGUUAAUAGAGUAUAUCUCUUGGCAUGUCCCUUUAUAAAUGAAUACAUUUAACAAAGAACGAGUUAACCCUCGCCCUUAAACGGCGAUCUGCCACCUUCGCCCAUGCAGGGGGGGGGGGGGGUUGGUGCGACCCCCCCCUUGGCGUUUGAAAACGGAGCGUCGUAGAGCUUAGCGGAAAAAACCAACGGAUUGCUCUCAACGAGAUCUCGCGAUUGGUGGUAUAUUUUUUGGUCCUAGGUCAACAUUUGACCUACUUUUGACCGGUCAAAGGUCAAAUUUUCGGAAAAAUAGACUUUUUUCAACUUUUCGCGGCGAUUGCGGCAAAACGGUUGGAGAUAUCGACUUGAAACCUUCACUAUCGUGUUCCUUGAUCAAUUUUCUAUCGUUUGGUAUGUAUUUCGUUUCCCUAGCUCUAAAAAUGGCGCGUUGGGAGCGCCGGAAGUCGGCAAGGUCACAGUCGGCGGCAGAAAUUCGAAAAAUCAAAAUUUAAAUUUUUGAAAUCUGAUUGUAUUUUUGGAUUUGGAAGGUCCAUUUGCUCCCUAUAGAAGCUAAUAUUGCUGCAUAUUCCCAUUGAGGUGACAAGAAUUAGCAAAAUAGUGGUUCGGGCGCUUUUCAAAAAUAGUACCGGACGCUGUUCCUCUUGUGACGUCAUAGCUCCGUGACCUGACCUGACCCGGUCAAGUUUCUUAUACCAUAUGAUAGCCAAUACUUGCCCCAACAUGCAUGGGAAGUUUCAUCACGAUCCAUCAACCGAUGUCCGUACCACCGGCAGGAAACCUCGGGCGUUGGCACUCAGUUUGUGAAAAUCCGGCCGGAGGCUGUUCCCUUUGUGACGUCAUAACUCCGUGACCUGACAUGACCCGGUCAAUUUUUUUUAUCAAAAGAUGCGCAAGGUUUGCCCCAUAAGGUACCCAAAAUUUGGCGGCGCUGCGCGCCGCCGUUUUUGCACUAUUUUUGAAAAACCUCAGGGGGGGGCUUGCACCAACCCCCCCCCCUACAUGGGCGAGGGUUAAAUUGUUUAUCAAAACGUGUGUUUUUCUUAUUUCCCUGUUUACUGAAAUAAGUACCCCAGGCCAAAGUCUACACAUAUUUCUGCAAUAAGCCUUAUCUCUCGUUGCUUUUAGAGGUGAUAUUCAGGAUGACGGUUUCAAAGCUGAGGUCUCGGCCGACCUUCUAAGAGUCUCGUGGAGCCGCGUAUCCGGCCGCUGGACCCACCAGCCCAUAAAGCCGGCCCCGAGACUCCUGGCGGCCGCAAUGCGGACUGUUUAUGCUGCUGGUAUUAUUUCUGGAGGAUCCCACUGGGGCAUAAAUGUAGCAUCACCUACCUGGCAAACGGCUAAGUGAGUCAGAGCUGCUCCGUCGCUGCUCUCGGCUGAACGAGCUGUGUAAACACAUGACGAAACCGGUGUUACAUGGUGAACCUUACGGUUAGUUAGUGCGCAUGUGAAAAGUACAUGUACUCGUAUGAGUGCUAUCAGAUUGUGUGGGCGUAUUUAAUUAUUCGGGGUUUGUGUUGAUCGCGCGCUAUUGAGGCAAUUAAUUGUUUUCUGAAAAGUGUGUUGCCUUCAAAUAAAAUAAACUUAUUUCACCCUA